AUGGAUGCGGGAAGAGAUGAACAACAUAGCCAUCGUCAACAAGAGGAAGCCUUUGACGACGAUGAGCCCAACGCUAGUCCACAGGACGAACAAUCUGCCCUGAAUGGGCAACAUACAAGCUCACAGAGCAUGAACAGCGAUGUUUCUAAUGAACAAUUCGCUAAAACUUUGGCCACAAUGAACGAAAAUAUGGCCAACAUGGCUGCAAUAUUGGGCCAAAUAUGGCAGCACGUCGAUUCUGGCGGGAAAACUGCAAAGGCCAAAAAACGACAACAAGAGGAUCAAUACUCCUCUGAGUCGGAGCGAGAUGAACACACAGCAAAACGCCGUCGCUCAGCUCAUGAAAAUGAGGACAGUCUUAGCGUAACGGCCAGUGAUGACAAGGUAAGGCAGUUACUGAAUGACAGCGAUACGCUGCAACAACAAGACGAAAGCCCUGAUUUACCGACGACGAUUUGCUUCAAGAACUGGAACAACAGUUCAGUGAAGACAAAA